AUGGAGUCCUUUGCACUCACUCUGCAGUUUUAUUCUGCUAAGGCAUACGAGUUUGUGAGAAAGACCUUCAAUAUUGCUCUUCCCAGUCAAUCACAGAUCAGGAGAUGGUAUGGCAAAGUUCAAGUAGACCCUGGGUUUACACAACCAGCAUUUAAUACAUUGAAAGUGAAAGAUGCUGAAAAGAAUGGGAAAAAAGUUAUUUGCUCCCUAAUGAUGGAUGAGAUGGCAAUCAAGAAACACAUAUCAUGGGAUGGGAAUAAAUAUAAUGGUUAUGUUGAUCUUGGUGAUGGUAUUAAUGAUGAUUCCUUACCUGUAGCAGCAGACGCCUUGGUGUUCAUAGUAGUAAGUGUUGACGGGUCUUGGAAGGUUCCGUGUGGGUACUUCUUUGUGAAUGGUUUGAGUGGCGAAGAGAGGGCAAAUUUAGUCAAGGUCUGCAUUCAGCGUCUCACUGAUACUGGAAUCAAAGUUAUAUCCCUAACUUGCGAUGGACCGGCAUGUCAUUUCAGCAUGUUGUCUUCACUUGGAGCAUGCCUAGAUCCCUCCAAGAUGAUACCAUAGAAAGAUGAUACCAUAGAUACCGAGAAAAUUUGGGUUUUGCUUGAUGUAUGCCAUGUGCUAAAACUUGUUAGGAACACACUAGCAGAAAAAGCAAUUAUUUUGGAUAAGGAUAAUGGCAAGAUUCUAUGGCAAUAUUUGGUUGAUCAAAAUGAUGAAGGACUCCGACUCUGCAACAAGCUAAAGAAGGCCCACAUUCAAUGGCAGCAACAAAAAAUGAAGGCUAACCUUGCUGCCCAGUCUUUGAGUUCCAGUGUUGCUGAUGCAAUCGAAUAUUGUGUAACAACCCUGAAGCUACCACAAUUCCAAGGCAGCGAGGGGCACAGUGAAGUUUAUUCGGCACUUUGAUCACCUGUUUGAUAUUGUGAACUCCCGACAUCCCCUUGCUAAAGGAUACAAGUCACCACUGUGUGCAAACAACAAACAUGUAUGGGAUCCCUUCUUUGAUGAGGUGUACAAAUAUAUCAGUGGCCUGAAAGAACCAAGUGGUGCACCGAUGACCAAAUCUCGACGAAAGACUGGGUUAAUUGGAUUUCUUACAGCUAUCAAAAGCACAAAGGAAAUGUUCCAUGAGCUAGUUGGAAAAGUGAAUGCCCCUCUUAACUAUCUGUUAACCUAUAAGAUGAGUCAGGAUCAUCUGGAGUUAUUCUUUGGAGCAGUAUGUGCUGCUGGGGGUUUCAACAACCACCCAACAAUUUACAGCUGCUUACAAACGUCUUCUACUGAGGAGUCACAUUGAAGGAGAGAAUGGAAGCUGUAAGAAGAGGGAUCCAAUUGAAAUCCUAUCUGCUGUAAGCAAUUCCUCCAACAUAAAUGGGAAAACUGUCACAACAACAGAUGCUGCCCUUAUAAGAAAGUAUGACCUCCAAGAGAGAACCCCUAUGCAAUCUGAUCAUGACUAUUGUGAUUUUCCUAACAUUGCAAGAAUUUCAGAGUACAAAGAAGCUGCCUUAUCUUAUAUUGGAGGAUUUGUUACAAAAUAUUUGAAGAAUAAACUCCCCUGCCACAAGUGCCGCAAUGUGCUUGGCUCUCAGAAGAUCAUUCCAUCAUCCCAGUUCCUGCAACUGAAAGAUCGAGGUAAUCUAUUUAAACCUUCAGAGAGUGUCAUGAUUGUUUGCCAAAAAAGUGAAAAAUGCUUCCAAAGAAUGUUGACUAUCAAUGCUGGGAAGCUUCCCCAAGGUGAAGGAAUUGUUGAAGCGAUUGCUACAUCUGUUCUUGGUACCCUUUAUAUAUCAUUAUUUACCAAAUUGGAUGACCAUAUGUAUGACUCGCCAGUAGACGAUAAUCAUGUAUUUGGACUAAUCAAGAGAUUGUGAAGUCUUACUGCAAAUUGCGGCUGUACCAUCUUGGCAAGGAAACCACAGCAAAGUUAUCAGAAAAAAAUAUUCGAAAGAAGUCAAACAAGUUGAUUCUUUUUAACCACCAGUAAACUCGAUUGACAAUUAACCAUCAAAUACAAGUGAUUAGACACAUUCUUUAUCAUUAGUGUAUUACUGUAUGAACAGCAGCACAAAUUAUCAAAGUAUACAAAUGAUAAUUUCAUGAAGACAUAAAGAAUAUAAUUCAAAAAUUUGUACGAACUUUAUAGCCCAUUUAUCAGGAAAUUCAAAUGCUAUUUGGGGAUGAGAGGAAGGAGUUAGAAGUCGGUAAUAAGUCCAUUCAAAUUAAUAAGUCCAAAUCAAGGACUUUCAAGCUUUUGUAUGAACCGUAUAGGUUUGUGCAUGAGAUAUAUAAUCCCAACACUCACAAGUACUAAACAUAUAAUAUUUUGAAAGUCAUAUAUGAAGUAGACAAAUAUUCAAAACUUACCACCUAUUCCACAGCGACCAUCGAUGUUGUAUCCUAUAUAGUUAGUCAAGUAUGGGAAAUAAAUGUUCUGAUUUGUCACUAGACGUUUUUAAUUCAACUCAGUACCAUAAUCAAAAGUUCCAACGUUUAAAAACCAUCUAGUUCUUGUCAUGUUUUUUAGUCUCUAUAAUUCACAAAUCUGGAUCGUACCUUCACUCCUAAGACGAUGCAAAACAUUUGUUUUAUAUAGGCCUCAAAAUCAUUAAAUAUACUUCUCGAAGCAUCUACGUUAUAUACAAUUUUCUUAGGACAAGCAUUCUUUCGGUCCAAGAAUAGAAACAAGCUUUUUAGGUUGAAAACUAUACAUUCUGUAGUAGAAAUCUAUAGUAUUCACUCCUGAAGUGGGGCCAUUCAACAUGGCAGCAAUCACUAGCAGCACCUCACUUCUGGCUUCACUUCUGAACACCGGAUGCUCUAUCCAGUCUUCGUGUAUAUCAGUGGAUUCACUAUGAGCACAGAAUAGAUAAUAGGACCAGAAAUCUCACUCAAGCAGAAACAUGUCCCAUCUUUUAUACUGCACAUGCGCAAGCUAAACAAGUGUAAUGCAGUGUUGACAAUAGAAAAUUAUAUUGGGAAGUUGUCAUUUCUACAGUAAAAACAGCUUUUUUUCAAGUAGUACGAAAUGUGACUUCGAUUUAUCUGUGGAACUAUUUGAACAGAAGGUAAAGCAGUAAUUUUGUUGUAUUUAGAAAGCAAACAGGGUCAUAUUUUAAAAAAAAUAGCGCACUGAAUAUAAAUUUGAGCAUCAUUAGAAUGUGUUCGCUAUGAUGCCAUUUUGUCUCCGGUAUAUACAGAGUUCUGCUUUUAUACUUGUGGAUAUUCGAAUUUAUUUGGCUCAAAAACACCAUUACUUCAAUAUCCAUUUCUUGUUUUUCCUUGGAUAGGUUUUAACAAGAUAGAACUCUAGAUCACUUGGGUCCAAAGACGCUUGAUUAUAAAAUCCUGAUGCGACUUGAUACUACAAAUAGAAUAUGUCUUAUGAUUUAAUACUACAAAUAGAAUGACUUUUAUGUACAAACUUGAAUUGAUAAAGUGUAAGGAUAGUGUUUAAAGUCGCUUCAUGUGUAGAAGCUGAAUUACUUUAGUUUAUACACUGUAUAUUGUCGAGAUCACAUGUUGAUAUGACUUACUAGCAACUUGCAAUAAGUGGUCUGUUCUGCUUGUUUAUAAUACUUUAGAGUUUGGACAUUAGAACAUUGUAAUUGCCUGACAGAGACUGUUAGGGCCUGUUUGUAUGGAAGCCGGGCUGGAUUUCUCUUGUGUUUAUUUGAGAAAAUUUCAUCCCACAUACCAGGACAAUUUUGUUGUUUUGACAUUGUUUUGACAGUUGUUAAAAAUAGCUUGCGGAAGUAUCUUUGAACUUUCAUCCUGCCAAGCUGUGUAGGUGUGUUUUUGCUCUAGCUAGUUUUACAUUUACAUGGUUCAUGUACAAUUAAUGUACAUUUAAAUUAGCUUUGUUCAAUGAAUGUAUACAGGUGUGAUUCAAAUAUCAUUCCUGUCCAUAGAUAUCUUAUAUACACUAGAUAGUGCAUCUAAUUAUUCUGCAAUUCAAAAUCAUGCUAUGAAUUGAAAUACAAGUAUAGGGCGUGUAUUCUUUAAUAAAUAUAUUUUCCAGUUAACCCAGUAAGCUGCAUUGUGCCCCAAUGCACCCUACUUUACUAGUUUAUUUCACUUCAUCUAAUGCCAGAUGAUUUUACUUAUCGAGGGAGAGUGCUGCUGCUCAUUGAGCUCUGAUUGAGGUCGCUGAGUGGCAGCACUUUCCCCUUGACAAGUGAAAUUGUCUGGUGUUAGACAGAGUAAAAUAAUCUUGCGUUCAAUCAAGCAGCUACUUUUUCAAAAACUCAACCAGGCUAAAGAUUCUUUGAUUUGAAAACCAAAGUGAUAGCGAACUAGUUAGUUGAAACAAACAGAAUUGUUUGAUUUAUUUACUUUCCACAACAUUAACAAUUAAAAUUUAAUUUCAAUUGAUACUUUUCCAGUAUGCAUUCUUCAUUGACAUUAUGGGAGCGUUUCUUUUGUAAAUCUAGAUUUCGAUUUUUAGAAUUCGGAUUGUUUGGAUUCGUUAAACAAAUGGAACGAAUUGUGAGAAUCGGAAUUCGCCUGCCGCUUUCCCGCCAUUUUCCGAUAAGGUUUCUGUCCCACUAUACCUUUCGGUCGGGUCAAGUUACAUGCUAGAAGGCCAGAAGCUCAAAAGGAACAUUGAAUCCUAACCAAGUUUCAGAUUGAAUCCGAAAAAUCCAUAUGUUGAGGUGGAUUCAUCAGAUAAGAACCUAUUUUAAGAUUUUGUUAAAUGAAACUGAAAAUUGAUAAUCGGAUUUGAUUAUCCAAAUCCGGAUUGCACUAAAGGAACGCACCCUAUAUAGGUUCAGAUUUGACUACCAUUAAGGGACCAUCAACCAAUCAAAUGCAUUUGAUAUAUUCAAUCAACCAUUAUAACCAAUCAGAUGCAUACUAAGGCAGUCAGAGAUAGAGCCCUGUUAGGGGGGUACUAAUGUCGCCAGUCUGAAUUUCAAAACUUGUUAUGUCGCGAUUUGAGGAGUUGGGUAUGUCCCUGUCAUUAUUUCACGUCAUUUAACCAUGUAUGCUAUUUCUUAAUAGGGUCCAUUAACCAAAAAUUCGAUUGCAUCAACCAGGACUGUUGAAUAUUUCACGAUUGUGUAUCAAAAACAAUAUAUUACGAGGCGAGACAUGUAGUGUUAGGAGACAUAAUUUACUCUACGCUUACUAACGACUGAAAACUGUACUUUGCCAAUGACAUUUUGUCGUUUUUAAACAUUUUGUUGACAUUGUUGUGGUGUUUUCACACCGACUUAUAUAUAGUAUACCGUUCUGUGUUUUUAUGAUGACCGCUGACCAAUGUCAUCAAUCACAGAAACAUUUUUGAUGUCUUCGAUGCGUUUUACGAUUUACAAAACUCUUUUCAAUAUAAUUUCUUACGCGUGGAAAGGUGUCAAAGGUACAAAUAGCUACAAAUAACACAGUGUCGCUGUCGCAUGUUAGGAAUAACAGGAUUCGCUGUCAUUUUUUGUUAUUUCCAACUCGCUGUCACAAUUUUAACCAAAAUUGGUUUCGCUUGUCGCCAUUUCAGCUCUCCCAUGUCGCCGUUUCAACACCAUGUCGCCUGUCGGAAUUUAGCCUAACAGGGCCUCGAGAUAGUGGUAGUAGAACUCAAAUCUGAAUCUCUAUAAUGAAAGUGUGAGUUUAUUCAUAAACUAAUUAUAAAUCAACUUCCAUGCAAUGCUUCAUGCAAUCAUCUAGUUAUGCACCAGUCAAUGUAAAUCCCUGCCCCCAACCGGGGAGGGGCGGGAGGUUUAGCUGGGAAAGUGGUCAGUUUUGAUUAUAAUAAAUUUGUCCCCGGUGAUGGGAGACAUGGACGGUGUUUAACAUAUAUAUCCUGUGUUGCUGUUUUAGUUUUCUUGACAAGAAAACUUUAAAUACAACAAAAUAAAUUAAUUUGAUUUUCUAUUGCUGAUCUAUGAUUAUACAAAACUAUUUUCCCGGGGUUGAGAGACAUGCAGGGGACAUUGAUGUCCCCGGGGGCAGGGACAAUUUCGCUCUUUUACUACCCCUCCAAGUCAAAAUCCCUGCCCUCCCCAGUUGGGGGGUUUACAUUGAUUGGUGCAUUAAUGAAAGAAGUGUCAGUACCACAUAUGUAGUAAAAGCCAACUUGUCAGUAAAGGCCACAGAGCAAGAUUGUAUUUCAAAGACUGCCAGUGACAAAAACAAUUGAUAGGCUGAUAGCCCUGAAAUAGAGUAUGCCAACAGUUAGUAUACUGCAAAUAACUAUUCUAUCAACAAGAUAAUGUGUGAUUUUACAAGUGUUUUUUAUAUAUCAAUCCAAUGGCAUGUAACCUAAAAUUCAGCAGUGUCUGUGUAAUGUAAUACACCCUUACUUCUCAAUGGUCAAAUUAACUAUACUACAUUGUGUAUAAUAAUAUAUGGAUUGGUUCAAAAAUAUAUUGAAUUUAUAAGUGUUGAACUGGUGAACUAUUGAUGUGGAGAUUAUGCCAAGUAUACAAUGGCACAAGGAUUUUCAUGUUAUCAGCAUGAUUAAAUCGUAAAAUUGUGCAAAUAAUCUGUGUAAAUCUCUUAGAGAUACCCUCAGCAGCUACAUUUUAAGGUAAAAUGACUAUGGUAAAGCUAUUCAAGGCAAAAAAACAAUGGAUCUGUCAACCUCGUUGUCAACAGUAAAUUUAACUAAGUUUAUGAUCCAUUUAUUGCCGUAUUUUAGCUGAGAAUUAAUUUAAGACAAUGCAAUACGAUAGACUUACCUUUGAAUUUAUCAUAUAUUCUUUUAAAAUGAUCACCAAAGCUCUAAAACUCGAUUGGUAUCAUUUUAACUUUCUCACUCCUUAAUGUUUACAUGUAAAUUUGUCAAAUUACACUUGUUUGGGGCACUGGAAACGAGACGCAGCGAAGAUGCGCGAGGCGACAUGCGCGGGGACAUCAACAUGAAAGAUUCCGACAUCGAGUGAGACUUCUGGUCUUAUUAUUUAUUUUGUGCUAUGAGGCUGCUGUUGGUGUGAGUUUGGAUUUGUUGACGAUAGUGUUUCUUGUCACGGCUCUUUCCAUGGGCUCAUGGAGGAAAGAUUUUAUUGCUUUUCUUUCAUGAACUUGUUGUAAAUUGUGGGGAACUGUGUUUGUUUCCCCUUCAGUUCUUGCUUGAUGGAGGAGUGCAUGGUGUUUGCUAGAGGUGGAAUUGUGAUUAGUGGUAGGCAUGGUGUGUUGUUGCUGGGUGGUGGUAUCUGUAUUGGUGGUUUGGGUGUGGUAGGUGAUGGUCCCUGUGUUGUUGGUGAUGUGGCCUUUUCUGAAAAACCUGCUUCUUAGGUUUCCUGGUAUGUGGUGUGGUGGUUGCUGUAGCCUGAUAACAGACCCACGUUUUACCUGCCCUAAAAUUUGCGGGUUGAUGGAAAGGGCGAAACGUAGGUCUGAUGAAAAUGUUGUCAAAAGUGCACAGCUGAUUGGCUAAUUCACAGGGAAAUGGGUUCUGAUUGGUUGGUUGCUAACAUAAAAGGUUUAGAAUUGGUUUAGAAAGGUCAGCAAUUUUCAGCAAGAAGGUCAAGUUGACAAAUAUUACAUGCGAUUCAUGCUACAAGUUUAUGAAUCAAAAAUUGAAUAUAAAUCUACAUAACAAUAGCUGUUGCAUGUGGACAUGUCGAAAGACGAGUUGUUUAAGGGACUGUUCAUAUGAUCCCGCUUACCGAGAUGUCUUGCUUAGCAAGAGGAAUAUUUCCGUGCGUUCAUAUGGAGUAUUUCGUCCCGCUUGCCAAGAUAAAUUACAAUGUAGUUCUAUAAUUAGCGUAUGCAAAAAUUCUGCAUUUCAGUCAAGCAACACAAAUAUUUAACGAUUUUAGUGUUUUUCUUUGUUUAUUUACAAGAAAAAGUAUUGCUUUAGGUGCAUAUUUAAUAAUUGUUUACAAAACAAACAUAAAACUAAGUAAAAAGUGUUCAAUUAAACAGCAAGACUUGUUUGACUUCAUCCCGGUAAGCGGGUUGGCAUGUUCAUAUGGAAAAUUUUUCAUCCUGCCUACCUAUGAUCUCGGCAAGUUCAAGCGAGAUCUCAGCAAGCGGGCCAGCUCGCUUUCUCAUAUGAACACGAUGCAAAAUUUUAUAGGAAAAUAAAUAGGCGGCGAGAUCAUCUGUAAGCGAGACGUCUCGGUAAGCGGGAUCAUAUGAACAAGCCCUAAGAAGGCAUUGGAUUUAACUGUAGCACAAUUUAACUACCGUUUGUUAAAAACCAAACAAGAAACGUGUAUUAAAAAGCUUGUGGUGGAUUGUGAGGAUGUAUUUGCUGUGUUGCCGACUGGCUAUGGAAAGAGUCUAAUUUAUCAGAUAUUACCAUUAGUGUUCACCGAAAUGGAUGUGCUUGAAUACGGCCAGUGUAACGAUACUCACACUGUUAUUGUUGUAAGUCCUCUCGAGUACAUUCGGGUUCAACGAGUAGAGAAUUUAAAACGUCUCAGACUUCGGGCUGUGUUGCUGGAUGCUUCUUUAGUACAACAGAAGGGGUAUCCGCACAAGUUGUAUAUUGCACUACUGAACAAUGGUUAUCUGAUGCCUGGAUACAGAAACUGA